CUUCAUCAUUUGAAUUCUUUUCAUUUUUGGUUGUGUGGCCUUGUAUUUAGUGUCUUGAACAACUUGUUUUUGACAUUUUUUUUUCAUUUUGCAAUUUUGGGAACUUUUAUUCUUUACGGUCCCACUGGUCAGCAAUAAUCUUGUUUAGCAUUGAAACUUAAUGCAGAAAUCUUCGUCCAUCGGUUCACAAAUCGUGCUUCCUUCCCAGUCGCUGUCUGCGAUUCCAAUCGUAGCCCCCGGCGAAACCCAAGGACCAGGAAGUAACGGUUCAAAAACGCCCAAUAAAGCAGCAACAAAAGCUGCUAUCCCAACCACUAAACGACUGUGUCGCAACGUCAUUAUUCAUGGUUUUUGCAAAUUCGAAGGAAAAGGAUGCGAAUUCAAUCACGAUGGGCAAAUGAAGCCUUCACCACAAGCCAGUCCUGAAAACAAAAACCGAAUUCGCGUGCAAUCACCUGCGUUACGAAAUUCUGCCAAUGUUGUAUCCUCGGUAUCGGCAGACAGCGUGAACGCUCCCGUUUUCAUCCCCAAAUCAGCCACGGAGGGAUCAUCGGGCGCUGGAACGCCGGCUACUACUCACAGUGUGCCAGAGGCAGCAGAGUCGCAGGAAGAAGAGGAAGUGAAUGAAGCAUUUGAGUAUCCCCCAGAGACUACGCCCAACAUGCAGGCAUUGACCCAAGGAUUUUCGCAAUUCAACUUGGCAAACAACCAGAGCAUGCAUGGACCUUCACCCUCUUUCCAACCUCAGUCACCCUCGGAAAUGAUGGCCAGUAUGGGCAUGAUGCCUCAUGGUGGGAUGGAUCCUUAUUACUAUAUGAACACGUCUCUUUUUCCACGUCAGCCACUUCAGUAUCAUCUGUAUACUUCUUCGCUACCUCAUGUAGCUAAUCUUCAUCCACAUCAAAGAGCGAUUCAAUCCUUCUUUAUCCCGGAUAAUUUGCGAGAACAACUUACGAAACGAAAUGAAGCCACGCUCAUGACAGCUUCAGCUCGUGAGCUUGGGCUGCCACAAGAAGUACAUGUGUAUCACUCGUUGUGUCCUCUUGAAGAUAAACCUGGCAAGUACUUUGGUCAUCCAUCAUGGGCUUACAAAGCGAUAUGCGGAGUCGACGGCCGAACAUACAUGUUGUUACGGAUCGAAGGUUUCCGAUUGGUCAACGAACAAGCGAUGACGGUCGUGGAAAGCUGGCGUAGGAUUCGGCAUUGUAACGUCGUAUCUAUUCGCGAAGCAUUUACUACUCGCGCUUUUGGUGAUUCAUCUCUUAUGUUUGCUUUUGAUUACUAUCCCUGUUCGGGGACGAUGUACGAUGCUCAUUUUACACCACAAGGCCAGGCAUUGCUUGCUCAAGGUCAGCCUUUGGGCAGUGCUGGCUCGCUCGUGCCUGAGACGACUUUGUGGAGUUACAUUACACAAAUUGCUUCAGCGCUAAAAGCCAUCCACGGCUCCGGAUUGGCCGCACGAAAUAUUGACAGUACAAAGAUCUUGAUUACCAGUAAAAAUAGGUUGCGCAUCAACUGCCCUAGUGUGUUGGAUGUGUUGCAAUUCGAUGGUGGCCAAAGUUUGGCCCGGCAUCAGCAAGAAGAUUUGCUCUCGUUUGGCAAACUUAUUGUCGCGUUGGCAUGCAAUUCACUCCAAUCGUUCCAUAACUUGCCUAAAUCCAUUGAAUACAUUUCGCGGUUUUAUUCACCCGAUAUGAAAAAUGUCAUCCUUUAUCUCCUUAGUAAACCGCUACCGACCAAGACGAUAGAUGAAGUUGUUACCAUGAUCGGUCCUCGCAUCCUGCAUGAAAUCAAUAGCAGCCUUUAUUACAACGACUAUCUUGAAAACGAAUUGAGUCGUGAACUAGAGAACGGACGGCUGGUUCGUCUCAUGGCCAAGAUGGGAUUUAUCAAUGAACGACCAGAGUUCGAUCAUGAUUCGCGAUGGUCGGAAACCGGCGAUCGCUACAUCAUCAAAUUAUUUAGAGAUUAUGUUUUCCAUCAAGUGGAUGAAAAUGGCAUCCCUGUUGUAGAUAUCGUACAUGUGCUCUCAUGUCUGAAUAAGCUGGACGCAGGCGUCGAUGAAAAAAUUAUGCUCAUGUCCAGAGAUGAGCAAUCUUGUCUAGUUGUUAGCUAUAAGGAAAUCAAGAACUGUAUAGCAGCAGCUUUCAAUGAUCUCUCAUCGGGCCGUAGAUGAAAAAGAGAAAAUCAGAAAAAGAGAAAAAACAAUUCAAUAAAGGCAAAAAAAUUGACAUAAUCAGCUAAAAGGAAAAA